GGUAGGGGGUCGCGUUGCGCGGCGCCAAAACAGACAGAGCAACAUCUCAGAUCCUUUUGCCGCGCGCGAGAGGCAGCCCGCCGCAUAAACGAAGCUCCGGUACCCAUUAAGCGGCAGCCCUUCGCAUCUAUCGAAGGCUCCGGUACCCCUCGCGAAGCCAGCGGCAAAGCCCGAGCUUGCGCACAGCGUGCUCUUUGCCAGCUCCGCCAAAACAUGGGCCUCGCGGACGUCAUCCAGCUCGCGAAUUCGACAGAGGAGUACGGCGACGACACCGAGGAUUAUGGAAUGUGGGCGACGCUGGCGUGUAUAUUAGCUGGUGCGGUCUUCACGUUCCUGUUUCUGGCGGGAGGGCAAGAACGACAGGAGCAGACGCAAUCUGUGAGAGACGCCGAGGACGACGACGCGCGUACGGCAUUGCUCAGAGCGUGUACGCGCGUUUUAAGCUGGGAGGCCGACUCGGACGACGAGCAGGAAAGUCGUGCGUUCGCUACCGCUCUCGACGAUGCCCUGAAACGGGCGCGGUCGGUACAUGACGGCCUCAGCACGAUGCCGACGCCGCCCUCCGUGAAUACCUGGGCCCAGCAGGAGCUCCAGUUGCUCGCUGAAUCGGAUUUAGAGGGCUCGUCGGCGGGUCUGGAGUUGGGUGCUACCGCAUUAGCGCUGGCGACGACGCGGAGGGACCACUGGGAGGCCUGCGAGACGAUCAACGACGAAGGUAGGGCAGCGGCUUUUGUCGUCGCCGCGUCCGAGAAUGUUCAUGCUUCGGUCCUACUGCUCGGGACGCGGUGCCGUCCUAGGAUGCCGUGCGCCGGGGAACGCGGUUUGUUGGUUGUGGCCGCUGGCGCCCUGGCGGACGAGAAUGGGACACAACACAAGCCCGGGAGUUGUCUGGCGUUCCGCCAAUCAGCGACUCGUGUGUUGCGCGCGGACGCGGGGCCGGUCCUGUGCGUGCUGCUGCGCGUGCCGGUGUCCUGCGAGAUGCUGCUGCCGGACGUGUCCUGACCUCUCCCUCUCCGUGUAAAUUCCUUUGCUGCUUGUGA